GAGGGUAUAGUCUCGUGUAAGCCGGCUGUGGUUGGUCGAUAUGUGACGGUUGUUAUUCCAGGUGAAAACAAAAUACUAACAUUGUGUGAAGUCGAAGUUUAUGGUGCUGGUGUCUUAGGUAUGUGGAGAAUCAGUUAAGAAUCAAAUUACAGCUGAAGUAAACCAUCAACUGGUAAACUUCCUCAAUGUAACCUUUAAUCUGAAAGACGGGAGUUACUCGCCAUAUAGGAAACUGGACAAUGAUCCGUUGUACAUAGACAAAAACUCAAAUCACCCUCCCUCCAUUACUAAACAACUACUGGCAUCGAUUAACCGAGGAAUCUCGUCUCUGUCAUAAGUAAACUAGCCUUUUAUUCCGUGGCCAACGUAUAUGAAGCAGCUCUGCAUAAAAGUAAUUACAACUGUAAGCUUGAAUAUUCUCCCGAUAACCUCCCAACAACUGCUACUUAAAAACGGAAAGACCAAGAAACAUCAUCUGGUUUACCCUCCUUUUAGUAAAAAUGUAUGUUCAAACAUUGCCCGGGAAUUUCUACGAUUAAUUGAUAAGCACUUUCCGAAAGCAAACCUUCCUCGGAAGAUUUUUAACCGUACCUCCAUCAAAGUCAGCUACAGCUGCAUGGAAUAUGUCAAAAGUUCCAUUUCCAGACACAACAAGCACGUCCUGGCGAAAGCAGAGUAAAUUGUGUAAAAUAUUCCUCAAUCAAGACGCUAGGGCAAAUGUUCUUCAGAUUCCAAGAUUCUACCUUUUUUCCAGGUCUGCUGCCGGCCAGGUCCGAUAGGUAGUCAGUUGGUUCAUCGAUCGGUCAGUAACAAUUGACUAAAACAUCAACAUUCCAUUUCAGGCAACCAAAGUCUCACUGAACUUCAUUUGAUUGGUUCAAAUCUUCCCUACCAAGGACACUUGUUUCAUGAUGGUGCUACAUUCUGUGAUCCCAUGUGGUCCAGUAAAGAUGCGACUGUCUCCUGUAUACAACUUGGAUACCCCGGAGUUAAUGUUGAACAGUGGAAUAGCUCUUAUUUUGGAAACAUCGGGAGUUCAUCUGGAGGAAGGACCGUGGAGAGAAGAUACAAAUGCGCUGGGACCGAAGGUUCCUUGCAACUUUGUCCUCAGGCAAUAGGUAGCGACACAACGUGUGAGAAACAGAAUGCUAUUGGUGUUACAUGUAUGUAUCUCCAUGUUUGUUUAUUUUAGAAAAAUUAUAAAAGGGUUCCAAUAAUGCUGGCUGCAUGAUAAAGAAUCAAGCUAAAUCUCCUAAUUCUAUUUGGUUGCCUUCAGAUACAAGACAAACAAAUAUGUUUAUAGAAACAAAUAUGUUUAUAGAAACUUUUCUUUCGUUGUUUGUUUAUUGCUAUAGUACUAGAAAUACAUGCACGCCGUAAUUCCUCGCCUAUAUUUUCCAAACAUUGAUUUAACAUGAAAUAUUCAUAAUUGGCCAAUACACAACGCAGGCUCGCGUCGUCGCAUUAUUUGUUGCCAUGACAACACACUAUUUUUAAAUUUUUAUUUUUUUAGAUUUUGGUACAAAACGGAAAAAUAGUUUAAAAAGACUACCAUACUUUUAACUAAACAACAAUGAGUUUCUGAAAUAUGUACUGCAGUUUUAUUAUUUUGCAUUUUGUGAGCUCUGAUUUAAUAUUAAUGUAAAAUUUCAUUUGAAACGUUCCGUAAAAUGUUUUGAUAUGUUCAUUCUCAACUAAACUCAUUUUGCCGAUAAACUGUUUUUACUUAAUUAAUAAAACAAAAUAAGUUCAAAUUGUUCAGUUAUUUCAGUUAGGUCUUCAAAUUAAUUUGCUUUCCUUUAAUUUUUCAUUUUUUUUGUACGUAACAUCGUACUCUUAACAUCGUACUCGUACUCGUACUCGCUGCUAAAGCUCCUUAUUGUGAAACACUACGAUGACACGAUCUUUAUUUUUAUAUAGGCCAACCAUAUAUUCGUCUUCGUGGUUUAUCUAUUCCCCUUGAAGGUCGUAUUGAAGUCUAUCACCGAGGGUCCUGGGGGACAGUAUGUCGUAACAACGAAGAAUCCUUUGAGACGAGUGCCCGAGUAGCGUGCUGGGAACUUGGUUUUCACGACGUGUUACACCAAAGUCGUUGGAAGACUCCGCGCGCCGUUGGAAAGAUUUCGUUAAAAAAUGUGAAAUGUCGGGGUGAUGAAAAAUCCUUGGUAUUUUGUAACCGGGAGAACACUGGUUGUAGUCAUUAUUGGGAUAGAUACGUUAAAU